AUCAAACCCCAAGCCUCUAUAUCACCAAUCCCUUCUGAAGUUUCAUUCAACUUUGAAAUGGCUUCAAAGGCUCUAUACUCCACUGCCCUUCUUCUCUCCCUCAACCUCCUCUUCUCUUUGGUCACUUCCACCUAUGUCCCCUGCCCACCACCGCCAAAGCCAAAAACCCCUAGGCCGUGCUGCACCCCCAAGCCCACACCCACACCCAAGCCCACACCCACACCAUCACCAGCUAAGGGAAAAUGUCCUAUUGACACUCUAAAGUUGGGUGUGUGUGCUGACUUGUUGAAUGGUUUGGUGAAUAUUGUAGUAGGAACCCCACCAAAAACUCCUUGUUGCAGCCUCAUUAAGGGUCUUGCUGAUGUUGAAGCUGCUGUUUGCCUUUGCACUGCCCUUAAAGCUAAUGUGUUGGGGAUUAACCUUAACAUUCCUGUGGACUUGAGCUUGUUGCUGAACUAUUGUGGCAAGAAGGUUCCCUCUGGGUUCAAAUGCGCAUAGAGAAGAAAAACAAUACUGUUUUUUACUGUUUCUGAACAACUUUACAGUCUUCUUUUUGUUUCUUUUUCUUGGUGUUUUCAGUGUUUGGAUUGCUUAGUGGGUACUGUUUGAGAUGUUGUUAA